UGCUAGGCGCCGGCCCGGCUGGGUCUGCAGCCCUCCCCCCCAUCCCCCUUCCCUUUCGGCGAUGUUCUGCUUCUCCCGGCGCCCCUCUCCCAAGUCUUCUUGAGGCUGGUUCCCGGCUGUACCGAGCCUUGCUUUUGGGGCGCUGGCGCUUUCGCGUCUGGCUUUGGAGCUCUUUGUGGGAAGAGCCUGGGGGGCGCGCCCCUCCGAUCGGCCGGAGGCUUUUUCAGAAGCCCACCUGGUUCUGCCGAGUGCAGCCCGCUCCAUCUACCCGGAGCCCCUCUGCACAUCCCCUGGGAAGGGAGAGCAUCAGUGCAUGCCCCGGACUCAGCCGAGGAGGGCCGCGCCCCCUGAGGCCGGCUCAGGAAUGGGGGUGUGGGGCACAGCGGCUGCGACCCCAGCUGGAAUCCGUGAGGACCAGCCGUCCAGCAUGCUCUGCUCACCGCAUCCCGGGGUGCACUGACCAUGAGCCUCAACUCCUCGCUCGACUACAGGAAGGAGCUGAGCAACCUCACUGCCGCCGCCGAGGGUGGUGAAGGGGGUGUUGUGACGGAGUUCAUCGCCAUCAUCAUCAUCACCGUCUUCGUCUGCCUGGGCAACUUGGUCAUUGUCGUCACCUUGUACAAGAAGUCCUACCUCCUUACCCUCAGCAACAAGUUCGUUUUCAGCCUGACCCUGUCCAACUUCCUGCUCUCCGUGCUGGUGCUGCCCUUCGUGGUGACCAGCUCCAUCCGGAGGGAAUGGAUCUUUGGCGUGGUCUGGUGCAACUUCUCGGCUCUCCUCUACCUGCUGAUCAGCGCAGCCAGCAUGCUCACCCUCGGGGUCAUUGCCAUCGACCGCUAUUACGCUGUCCUGUAUCCAAUGGUGUACCCCAUGAAGAUCACAGGGAACCGGGCCGUGAUGGCUCUCGUCUACAUCUGGCUCCACUCCCUCAUUGGCUGCCUGCCGCCCCUGUUUGGUUGGUCGUCGGUGGAGUUUGACGAGUUCAAGUGGAUGUGUGUGGCUGCGUGGCACCGGGAGCCCGGCUACACCGUCUUCUGGCAGAUCUGGUGUGCCCUGUUCCCCUUUCUCAUCAUGCUAGUCUGCUAUGGUUUCAUCUUCCGUGUGGCCAGGGUCAAGGCCCGGAAAGUGCACUGUGGCUCGGUGGUCAUUGUGGAGGAGGAUGCCCAGAGGAGUGGGAGGAAGAAUUCUAGUACCUCCACUUCCUCCUCAGGCAGCAGGAGAAAUGCCUUCCAAGGUGUGGUCUAUUCAGCUAACCAGUGCAAGGCCCUCACCACCAUUCUGGUGGUCAUUGGCGCCUUCAUGGUCACCUGGGGCCCCUACAUGGUUGUCAUUACCUCAGAGGCACUCUGGGGGAAGAACUAUGUCUCCCCAGCCCUGGAGACUUGGGCCACAUGGCUGUCCUUUACCAGUGCCAUCUGCCACCCUCUGAUCUAUGGGCUCUGGAACAAGACUGUCCGCAAGGAGCUCCUGGGCAUGUGCUUUGGGGACCGUUAUUACCGGGAACCGUUUGUGCAGCGACAGAGGACCUCCAGACUCUUCAGCAUUUCCAACAGGAUCACAGACUUGGGCCUGUCCCCACACCUCACGGCUCUCAUGGCCGGCGGACAGUCCCUGGGACACAGCAGCAGCACGGGAGACACGGGCUUCAGCUACUCGCAGGAUUCAGGGACAGACGUGAUGCUGCUGGAAGACUGCGCUUCUGACGACACCCCUGCCCCCCACUGCACGUGCCCACCCAAGAGAAGGAGCUCCGUGACGUUUGAGGACGAAGUAGAACAGAUCAAAGAGGCUGCCAAGAACUCCAUUCUUCAUGUGAAAGCUGAAGUACACAAAUCCUUGGACAGUUACGCAGCCAGCUUGGCUAAAGCCAUCGAGGCUGAAGCCAAAAUCAACUUAUUUGGGGAGGAGGCUUUGCCAGGGGUCUUGUUCACAGCUCGGACCGUCCCAGGGGCUAGCUUCGGGGGGCGCCGAGGCAGCAGGACUCUUUUGAAUCAGAGGCUGCCCCUGCAGAGCAUUGAAGAAGGGGACAUCUUAGCUGCAGAACAGAGAUGAAGGCCUCCGAGGGAACUGGGGCCGCCGUGGGGCUACCGGUACCGGCGUCUGUGCCGAGGCCCUGGAAGACGUCACCCCUCACAGAGGGCCGGACGCUGGGAAGGAAACAUGGGGUUGUGCAGCCAGGAGAACCGAAAGUUCUGACUUCAGUGUCUGCUGUGAAGGCACAAGUGGGCGGCUUCGGGGUCCCUGGGAUGGAACGGGGCUUCCAAAGCACACUGAAAAAGCAGAUGGAAAGGUGGCUGCUGUUUCUGGGGGCACUAGAGACCAUGGGUGGAAAGGGAAGCCACCAUGUGGAUCAUGUGUUCACCAGCACCCUGCUGGUCUAAGAAGUGCCCAUGGUCUCAGAAGCAGUCCCUACUCUGUGCACUUCAUGCGAUGCAAGGCCAUCUGGGGUUCUGUGUGGUUGGUCCAGGCAGCAUGGGCCCACAUGUCCUAGACUAAACCCAAGACAGUCCAGGGAGCACUCAGGAGUAGGAGCACCAUAUACAGACACCCCAUGUCUACUGUCCUAAUUAGGAUUUGGCCUUUGGUGGCACCUGCUGCUGGCUUGUAAGAGCAGGCCACAGGCCAUCCGAGAUGGGGCCGGCCCUACCCGCCUCUUUGUUGACAGAUGUUUUAGUGUUUGCAAAGGAGGAAGAAACCACUAUAAAAGACAAGGCUGAGUACCAGGCGUUUCGUUUCCCAAAUUAAAAAACCCGGGAGAUGAGGGCGCAU